AUGCUCCGCUUGGCAGCAAGCCAGCGUCUGUUCCUAGCAGUAGACACGGAGAAGCGUCGGCAGCUGUCCCUGGAGCGGCGCCACCGCAGCGACCUCGAGAAAGAGGUGGAGACCCUGCGCUCGCAAGUUGCACUGCUGAUGCAACGAGGCCCCUACAUCGCAGUCUGGAAGCUGGUUGCAGCAAAGUUUGCUUUGAUGUCGCUGCCUGCCCACCUUGAAAUGACCCGAAGACAGCUUUCCGAUCCGCCUGGUGGAACUUCGACCAUCAACUUUCGUUUCCUUGAAAUCUCAGAGACGCGAAGUGGCCGCGGACUCGCUGCCAGUCGCGACAUUUCCAAGGGCGAGGUUGUCUUCCGCUGUGCCCCCGUGGUGGCUGUGCUACACGACUGGGCGCUGGCAAAGUAUUGCAGUCGCUGCCUGAAAGCCGUCGGCGCUGACGGCACCCGCUGUCCUCGAUGCCGCGCCGUGACAUUCUGCAAAGCCUGUCGGCAACUGACGGCUGCGAAGCUGCAGCACAGGAGUGAAUGCCAAGCCCUGCGACGGCUCCGCAGCGACCGGCCACUCCGUCGCAAGCUCCACUUGAAGAAAGGCCAGGGCAAAGACGCCACCAGCAUGAUGCGGCUGGCCCUGCGUCUUCUGAGCGUGCGGCGGAGAAGCCUCUAUGGGCACAGGUCCCUUCCACUUCUCAGCGAUGAGGAAGGCGGUGGUGGCUGGGUUCCAGCGGAGGACGAGGACGUGAUCCACGACUCUUGGGAGGACGUAGAGAUGCUGACACCCUCUGAAGAAGACCUGGAUGCCAUGGUUGAGUCCCUGCCCGGCUCGCGCGGGCAGCAACUCGAAGGCGGCGCAAAUGCCGUGCGCCUCCUCUUCACCGCCCGCCGCGACGAGAUCUACCACUUGCUAUGCAGAAUCGCCUUCAAUGCCAUGGCUCUGGUCCCGGAGGGGCCCCUUCGAUCCGGAACGCGCUGGCGAGAGAAAGGAAUCGCGCUCUACCCUUCCGGCGCCAUGGCUAACCACUCGUGCGAUCCUUCGUGCCUUUGGUUUGUCCGUGAUGGCGUCCUCGUUCUCGAGGCGCAGCGCCGGGUACGACGCGGCGGCGAGCUCACAAUCGCGUACUUGUCCAUCACUGGCAACCGAGAGGCGCCGGCAUUCUGGCUGUUCCGUGUGCAUUCUGCCACCUUGUGGAACUUGGAGCCUCCCGUGGAAACUUUCGCUAAGAAGUACCAGCAUCGACAGGCCGUGCAGCCCGACGGUGCUGCAGCAGAGGUCCUCCAAUGGAAGCGCUUGGCCUCGAAACGCGAGCAGCAGCUUCAACGGGAGGAGCGUGAAGAGCAGACGGGAAAGAUUACGCAGGUUGAGUAUUCCAACGCAGAUGCUCUCGAGGGCUUCCAGAGCAAUCGAAGGACUCGGCAAGCGCUGAUGCGGGACCACUAUGGCAGCUUUCGGUUGGGAGGUGUGGCAGACACCUCCUAG